AUGACUACGGGGUCGUAAAUCCGCCAUGUUUUCCAUCCGCGCAGCAGCGUUGCGACAGGGACGGAGAAUUCGAACGACAUGAGUGUAGAAAAUAAUCAUACGGCAGAAACAGAGAGUGAGCAAACGGAUAACGGCACCGAGACAAUCACCAUUCAGACAACACUGGGAGAUGAAGAUGAGGAUGUGCACAAAUGUGGACGUUGUCAGUCCGAGUUUUCCUCGCUGGAGGCUUUCAUCCAACACAAGCUGCACCACAGCUGCAGGCGAGAGACGAGCAGCCUGGGUGACAACCACGAGGUUGCUGACGCCAAUGUAUCAACUUCCUCUGAGGUGAAAACAUCAUUAGAUGAGCCAGGGGAGAUCACCAAUGAUGAAAGCAGUGGUCAGUUGGGUCGAGGUCGCAGGAAGAAAGUCACUGCUCAUAAAGUCCCUGACCAGUCUGAUGGAACAGAAGGAUCCACAUCUGACAAUGCAGACAGUGAGAGGCCUGUUUACAAAGUCAACCCAGAGGGACGUUACAUUUGCCAACUUUGUGAAAAGACAUUUAAAACAAGUAACAUCUUGAGAACGCACAUAAAAACCCACAGUGACCAGAAGAACUUCUCAUGUGACCUGUGUGAGACCUCCUUCCGUACUAAAGGUUCCCUGAUUCGCCACAACCGCCGUCACACUGAUGAGCGGCCGUAUCGCUGUACUCUCUGUGGCCAGUCGUUUAGGGAGUCGGGUGCCCUCACCAGACACCUGAAAGCUCUCACACCAUGUACAGAAAAGAUCCGCUUUGUACAAUACAAGGAAAUCCUGGUCAGCAAAGAUGGAAUACAAAAAGGUGUUGACGGUGUCCAUGCUGCAGUGGAUGGCCAGGAAGAGGUAGUGGUUGUGGAGCAACAGCCUGAGGAGCAGGAGAUGGUGGAGGCUCAGACUGCUGUUGUCCGUGUGGUAGAGGCAGGUUCUCAAGAGGUCCUUCACCAGGUCCACUUCACAAUGGAAGUGGAUGGAACAACACAGGAGCAACAGGUGGUUGUGGAGCAGUCUCAGGCAGAAGCCCUGGCUGCAGCUGCAGCAGCCGGUGACAGCCUCAUCUGCCAGGCCAUCAUCAACUCUGGCAUUGCACUAGAGACUGAGGAAACGGUGGUUGAGGAGACCUUCGAGGAAACUGAGGAAAUCAAUAAAGAGGUUUCUGACAGUCCUGAUGUUGAUGAGGAUAUCACAGAGAUCCGGAUUAAAGAAGAGUUAGAGGAGAUGCCAUCAUUGGAAGAAGAUGGAGAUGGUCAACCAUUAAAACUGUACACAUGUCCACACUGUAAUCGCUCCUUCAAGGGAGUGAACUAUUUCCGCUUUCAUGUUAAAGGCCAUGUAGGUUAUAAGCCCUUUAAGUGCACACUCUGCCCAAAAGAUUUUCUGACUGGUUACCUGCUGAAGAAACACAUGGAAGUUCAUGUCAGUGAGAGGAGAUAUAAGUGUGGCGAGUGUGGUAAACUGUACAAAACUGUUGGACAUGUCCGUGAGCACAUGAGGGCCCAUUCUGAUGAGAGACCCUACAACUGUUCCAAAUGUAGCAAAGGAUACAAAACCAAGAAUGCUUUGCAGGUGCAUCAGCGGACUCAUGGUGAUGAGAAACCCUACGUGUGUCAGUUCUGCUUGAGAGGUUUUCGGGAGAAAGGUUCUUUGGUGCGACAUAUCCGCCAUCACACCGGGGAGAAGCCUUUUAAAUGCCCAAAGUGUGGGCGGGGCUUUGCUGAGCAUGGGACCCUCAAUCGGCACAUGCGAGCCAAAGGAGGCUGCCAGAAGGACGAUUCCAGUGACCAGCAGGUUACAGUAACAGAGGAGCAGGUGUCGACAGACAGCCUCGCUACAGCAGCCAUCAUCUCAGAGGAUCCUCAUGCCGUCCUGGUGGAGUUUUCCUCUGUAGUGGCAGACACACAGGAGUAUAUCAUCAAGACUGAAACGGAGGAGGAAGUACAGGAAGAAGAGGUCACACUCAUUCAAGAUGGUCAAAAUGAGAUGGGAAACCACAUCAUGAAAGUGGUCCAACGAAUUGUCAGCCAAUCACGUGGUGCCGGCGGCAUAGGCAGCCAUCAGAUCAUCGUUCGCAACGUGGGGGCGAACGAGGAAGGUCCGACCAUCUCCGACUGUGGUGACACCAUCACCAUCGCGACACCUGAGAGCCUGACGGAGCAGGUUGCCAUGACCCUGGCCUCUGCCAUCAGCGAUGGCACUCUGCUGGCCACGUCGGGCACCGUGGAGACGGCAGACGGAACAGUUACUAUGGUGACCACAGAGGAAGCAGUGGAGGAGGAAAUACAUGUGGUGCAGCAGCAAGAGGAGUAUGUUAUCACCUCCCCAGAGGAAGUGGAGAUUCAGACUGUCAUUGUAUGAUAAAAGUGGACACGAACUGUGGGCUGUACCCGUGGAGCAGAGUAUUAAGGACUGUGUAUGAGAUUCAUCAUGUGUGAUAUUCGAGUACAAAACAAAGGCCAAAGUGUUAAUAAGUUAUAAACCUUUAAAUUAAAUGUGCACAAGGACGAGGUCUGUCACAUGCUUUGAUUUUUGAUUGGUUUAGUGAAAUGAGGCACUGCAUUUGAAAUAUUAGCCAACUAUUGAACUAACUAAUUUGUGAGGUUUUCACUCUUGAAUGUCUAAGUAGUUUUAUAUUAAAUUUCAUAUUACAUAAGUAAAAUAACAUUUUCUUAUACUACCUAGAAUGGCAUCAUUUCACUUAGUCAUUCGGCUCUUUUAAUGUCCCGUUUGUCUAGAGGUUUUGUCUUUCCUCCUAAAGGUCUUAUCUGUUGCUGCAUGUCUGAGGAUUUUUAGGGAAAUUAAAUUCCCCAUGAAACAUUGUUGCAGUUCUAAGACGGUCAUCAAAAUUCAUCCCUUUAGCAUGGCAGAUACUAGACGCAGAAAUGUGCUCAAUUUACUAAAGCAGAGUUCGCAUCAAAUAAAUACUGCUAUUUUGUUAAAAAAAA